GCAGGGCCCGCCCGCGGCCCCGCCAGUCGCACUCGCGCCGCCGUGAGCAUCGGACGUGCCAGUGAGAGUCAGUGAGAGUGGCGUUCCGCAGGAAUUACAGUGCAGACACACAGUCAUGAUUCUGCGGCUGAACGGAUAAACGCGCGCGAGGGAAGUGUGCAGCAAGCAGAUGGCCACAGUGAGGCUGUUGGUGCUCGUGUUGGGCCUCCUCGGUCCCCACUGGCCCAACAAAGUUAGCGCCACUUGGAUGUACCUUGGCAUGUCGGGGGCGUCGAUAUCUCCGUCGUCGCUCCCGCAGAAUAACCCGACCACGGGCCCACGGGGCCCCGAGCCGGAGGACUUGACGGGCCCGACGGUCGAGGUGCGGGCCCUUUGCUCAUCGCUGCCGGGCGUUACGCAGCAGCAGAUCGAGAUUUGUCUGCAGCAUCCUAACCUGAUGCCUGUGGUGGCUGCCGGAGCCGCCAAGAGCAUCGCUGAGUGCAAGCACCAGUUCAAGCACGAGCGCUGGAACUGCUCCACGCAGGACGACCAGAACAACUUGUUUGGAACGACGCUUGAGAGAGGAAGCAAAGAAACAGCGUUUAUUUACGCAAUCUCCAGCGCUGGAGUGGUGCACUCCGUGACUCAGGCCUGCAGCUCCGGCAAUUUAACCGACUGCAAUUGCGACACCACCAGACAGGGCCAGAGCACCAAAGAGGGCUGGAAGUGGGGAGGGUGCAGUGACAACCUGAAGUACGGCAUGGCGUUCGCGCGGAAUUUUGUGGACGUGGUGGAGAAGAAGAAAAAGCAUGGCAUCCGCGCCAAGAUGAACCUGCACAACAACGCCGCCGGACGCAAGGUGCUGUCCACCCUAAUGGGCACUAGGUGCCGGUGCCACGGCGUGUCCGGCUCCUGCGAGGUAAAAACCUGUUGGAACCACAUGCCAUCCUUCACCGAGGUCGGCGACGCACUGAAAAAGAAGUAUGCCCUGGCUGUCCAGGUCUCCGCCAAGAACCGACUGCGACGGAAGAUCAAAGCCAAUAAGCGGCGGGAGAAUAAUGUGAAAAAGGGCGACCUGAUUCAUAUUCACAAGUCACCCAACUACUGCGUGGAGGACGUCGACAAAGGGAUCCCUGGAACCGCGGGUCGCGUCUGCAAUAAAACAUCGACAGGGCCCGACAGUUGUGGCUUGCUUUGCUGCGGCCGAGGAUAUAACACUCAGGUGCAGACACACAUCGAGAGGUGCCAUUGCAAGUUUGUGUGGUGCUGCUAUGUCAAAUGCAAAACCUGCGAGACGAAAGUUGAUUUGCACACCUGCAAGUGAGCGCUCGGAACAGUGGAGUGUGGUUUGUGUAAAUAGUCCAGAGAAUCUAAAAUUGGCAAAAAUAAUGCUGCUGACGAAGUAAAUUACUACUCACCCCCAUAUAACGUGGAUUAAAUUUUAAAAAGUCAUUCUCCGUAGCGUUUUUAGCUCUGUAUAUUAGCAUUAUUUCUUUACUGAUUAAUCUAGUAAUGUCUAAUAAAUUAUUGCACUAUAAAAACAUCACUCAGUAGAUAUACUUCCGUUUUCCUUUUUGAUGUAAAUAGUUUGACUGCUGAAAUGAUCAAUAAUUUUCCUGUGCUCGGUAGGAAAGUGCGAAAUUCACAUAGACAGGAGGAUUCUAGGUGUAUAACCCUUUAAUCAUAGUAGUAAUAACUGUAGCAAAACUGAGUGUAUGUGUUGUAGAGAUUUGUACCUGUAAUAAUUGUCAUCGUAAAUUACCUAUAUUUAAAAAUAAUUAAUGUGUCCUCUACAAUGUAAUAAAUAACUUCGCCAUCCAACUGAAUGUCCGCUCCUGCCAAAAUACACAUAAAAGUCUAGCGAACAGCAACAAAUAAUAUUAAUAAUAAUAAAAAAAAUACUAAAUUCAACGUUGACAGUCUUCUGCUUGUAAUCAAUCAUUAGUGUUAUCUAAGUUGAUGUGUCCACGACUUCCUUCCAAUCGGACAUUGUAUCGUAGUUUUAGGCAGAGAUCACAAGCAAUAAAAGUUACUCAGAACCCUAAAAA